AUGAAGCCAAAAGCAGCAAAGAGCAAAGGAGGGGGCCAGGAGAAAAAAGUCAUCCAUCCUUACAGCAGAAAAGCUGCUCAACUUACAAAAGAAGCACACAAACAAGAAAAAAAGGAAAAGCUGAAAAAUGAAAAGGCCUUUCAUCUCAGUGUUGUGGGUGAAAAACUCCUUUGGUUUCAAAAUCACCUGGACCCUAACAAACUGGAAUACACAAAAAAAGAAGCCUGUGAACUAGUAGAAAUGUAUUUGCAUCGGUUCAGUGAUGAGUUGGAGCAGAUCGAACUGCACAACAGUAUUAAGGGCAGACAGGCAAGGCAGCACAGUUCCCGAGAAACCGUCAUCAAACAGACCAUGGAACGUGAAAGACGGCUGUAUGAUGGAUAUGGGCUAGAUAUUCCUGACAUUGUGAACAGCAAGCAUUUAAAAACUUUCAGAGAUUGGGAUGGCGAUCUGAAGAAGUUGCCAAACAUUAAAAUGAGAAAGCUAUCCAGUAAAGAUGCCCUUACUACUGGGAUGGAGAAAGCAUCUGUUGAAGCUGAAAAGGAACCAUGUACAGCAAAGGAUGUACACUAAUGAACAGCUGCUGAUACGGAGAUGAAAGCUGAGGCAGAUUGCUGAGCUACUGU